AUGCGAUGCUACUUACUGCCAUUCUUAUUUUGGAUUUUCGCGCUGCACGCCUACGAGCAUGAUAUGUAUCUAAUGAAACUCGUUUUCCGAUAUAUCUACGAAAACGAUAAAAAGUACCCCUACGCUGAUUCACUUGGGGUCUCGCCUACCCCAAAUACGCUCAUCUCCACGACAUAUUCCGAAAGCGACCUCGCUUUUUAUGACACCCUCGAGAAGGCCUACGAACUGGAGCAGGCAGAGCAAAACUCCCUCCUGAAUUCAGUCCCCAUAGACAACGGAUAUGGGAUGACCGAAGAUAUAAAACCGAUUUUGCCCGAAGAGGCCCCGGCCCAAGUCGAUGAUAAGCCGGCUUACAACGCCGAAUCUGACGCCUUUGGCAGUUACGGUAGUCCGCCAGACGAGAGCGGUGAGCUGGAAGAUUUUAGGAAUAUACCGGAUCCAUAUCUGAAGCAUAGAGAUCCAGCAACGACCUUGCCUCCAAUGACCACCACAACGAAUUUCCCUGAAUUAAUACAGCCCCAAGGACCGCCAUCGGUGCCUAAACAAUUUUUCAAGAAAACUGGACGAACCCUUAUAUAUUCCAUUAAAAGACCUUUGUCGAGCGAGCGCAAUCCACUAGUAUCCGGCGAUCCGAAUAUGGAGAUUCUAGAAAAAAUGAAAAAUGAUCGAAGAUACGCGAGAAUAAUUGUUGAACAUAGUCUUGAAAUAAAAUCCGAUACGUUCCACCAUUGUUGUGAAUGGGCAUUGGCGGGGAUGUGUGAUCGACAUUGGCAAAAAGUGCGAAAAUAUUGCCCAAGAAGCUGUGGGCUGUUAGUUUGUGAAGAUUUGGAAGGGCUUCAAUCAUGUACACGACUGCUAGAUGUUGACCCAGAAGAAUGUUAUACAAACCUAAGAACAACAAAGCCAGAACAAAUCGAACUGCAUGGUGUGAAAACGUUCAAAAAUCGCGAAGAUCCCAGCCAGAAGAAGACCCGAAAAAUUCGGUACAAGCGCCGCUUCAAAAAGGCAAAAAGCGCGGUUCCGGUG